UAUAUAUAAGCAAACCAGUUUUCCUCAUUCACACUUUCCAGAUUGGGAAGAGAAACGGACGACGCUGUAUUUACAGAUUCAACACUUGUUCCGUCUCCGAUCCAAUGAAGGACGCCGAUACCUUACCUCUCAGCACUUCUUCCGCCGCGGCGAACGCCAAGAAGGAAAACGGCUACUCCGCGCUAUUCUCGAAAGGCCGAUACAAGUUCUGGGCCUUGGCCGCGAUUCUCCUCCUCGCGUUCUGGUCAAUGCUCACCGGCACGGUGAAUCUCCGGUGGUCAGCGGGGAACAUAAGCCAUUUCACAGACGAUCUGGUCUUUCCGAUCCACGAGGAUCUCGACGUUCUCGAAAUGGAGGAGAGGGAGAAAGUGGUGAAGCACAUGUGGGAUGUGUAUAACAAUGGCCGUCGUAUCAGGCUGCCCAGGUUUUGGCAGGAGGCGUUUGAGGCUGCUUACGAGGAGCUUACCAGUGAUGUGCCUGAUGUGGUGGAAGCCGCCGUUUCGGAGAUCGCGAGGAUGUCUAUUCGCUCCGUAGUUAUAGAUCCGCCCCCGGUGCAUUCCACGAACGUACGGGAAUUGACAAAGACUCUGAAACUUGCGGACAAAGGAACAACGACUCAAACAUCCAAACGAAGCAGCCGUCGAUUGAAGUAGACUUCUUGUGUGUGUUUUAUAAUACGCCGAAGCUUUAUCAAAGGUAGUGUAGUCCCCGAGCUGGCGUAGCGUAACAAUACUUAUAUACUCCAUGUCAGAAAGAUCAGUCUCGUCAUUCCCACCUCCCUCCAAAAAAAAUAUGUCCAUCCAUGAUCACUGUUAUUUUUUUCCGUUCCACUUAGAGGCAUGAAUCGCUUUGCUAAAGACAAAUUUUUGAGGAACUUUCUUUUAUUUUGGCUUUGAAUGGUAAUGUCCUUUUUUGUUUUGGACUCUAAA